GUUCACGAACGUGUGCAUGUUUGCUGGAAACGUUACAUCCCGUUCUGGUGGUGAGAGGUCUUGGUGAAGCAGUUGGCAUUGGUCAAAAGGAAAAUGUUUGCUGUCGACAUCAGCAACUACAUCCUAACCUGGCAGACAAGUCAGAGGAAGACAAAUGGCUACAAAAGGACUUUUAAAGGCCAUCAAGGCUUCUCUCGAUAAUGGUCAAUUUGAAAAAGCAGCCCAACAGGCGGAGGAUGUGGUCAGUCAAGACAACAAAAAUCACACAGCUUUGCUCUUUCUCGGUUUUGCGAGGGAAAAGCUGAACGAUCUCGACGCAGCCGAAAAGGCCAUUCGCAAAGCCGCAGAUUUGAAAUCCCAAGAUCCUCAGGCCUACAAGGGGCUGAUCACUUUAUUUGAGAAGCAAGGCAGCUCUAAAGUGGACGCUUAUCACGGUGUCGCAUUCAAACUCGCAGAAAUUUACGCCGAGCAAGAAGACCGGGCUCAGUGUCAGAAUGUUAUUGACAAGUAUGAGCUGUUUGCAAAGAAGCAUGGAAGCAGAGCACAAUACCGACGGGCAUUGGAACUAAUUCUACCAACCUCGAGCCUGUAUUCCGUCCUGGAGGGUCGGGUCAUGCAGCCUUCGCUCACGUACCUGCGUAUACUAGAGUCAGCCGAGGCCGAAGAGAAAGAAUGGAUCAAUACACAAAUCGGAGAAAGAAGAACACGAUUAGGAGCCAGGAUCGAUCAAGUCACAAAACAAGUAAAGGCUGAAGCGAUUGAUAGAUUCCAUGUCGAGGACAUCUAUGCAGCGCUGAUCGAUUGGACACGAGACGACGAUGCGCGCCAUGAUCUCGAACAAAAGCUCUUUCGGCGCUUGUAUGACGACUUGCGUGUGGUUCCAGAGCAAAACAAGGCCCAACAACGCGACAAGGUCCUGACUAUGGCAAAUGGCAUGGUCAUCGUCAAACAGCCAUUUCUUCUGGCGUGGAGAGUUGCUCUUGAAUGGGUCGACGCCGAGGAGCUCGAGGACUGGGAUGUUCACAUCUUUCGGGAAUACGUUGACUUUUUCCCAGACGACGGUCUGAGCAAGAUCCUUGGAGGCUUCCUCAAUAGCGACAUUUCACCCUUUCCGCGUCCGCCUGUCGAUCCGUCGGAAGAGUCAGAAAAGGACGAAAAGGACGAAAAGCUGAACGGUGCUGACCUUCUGAUUCUGUUGAACGAGGGACUUGAAGAUUGUCCAGACUCUCUUUUGGCACAUCGCAUCCUGUCUUACACCUAUCUUCGGUUCGAGGAUUGGGAAGGCACCGUGAGCGUAGCGCGCAAAGCUCAAUCACUUGUCAAAGAUGCGCAAAAGCUCUUUGCAUUGGAACUACAAAACACCCUCGAUGGCGUCAAUCUUAUCCUAGCUAAGGCCAUGAUCGAGUAUCAGUCUCCCAGAUAUCAUCCGGAAGCGAAGUCACUAUUCGAGGAAAUCCUCCAACGGAAGCCUAAGCUGACUCCAGCGUUGCUUGGGAUUGGGUUGAUAUUCGAAGAAGAUGAAGAUUACCCACAGGCAGUCAGAUUUCUGCAACAAGCCUCUGAGCGUGACCCGGAUAAUGUUCGAAUCAAGCUCGAGUAUGCUUGGUGUCGAGCCCAGGAUGGUGCAGUCGAGGACGGUCUCCGUGAUCUUCAACACAUUCUGUCAGACAUCGAAGCAGAACGACACCAGGACUUGUCGGUGAAAUCUAUCGUCUUAUAUCGUAUCGCCUGGUGUCAAUGGCACAGCAACUCAUCGGCAAAGGCAAGAAAAGACAAGUCAGGUCCCUAUAAACACCUCAUUGCCUCAAUCAAGGCCAACCCGAGUUAUGCUCCAGCGUACACGCUCUUAGGCACUUAUUUCCAGGACUAUGGAAAAAGCAAGCAGAGAGCCCGAGUUGCACUGCAAAAGGCGUUUGAGUUGUCUACUUCCGAACUCGACGCGGCACACAGACUGGCCAAAGCAUUUGCAGACGCUGCCGAAUGGGAUCUUGUUGAACUGGUCGCACAGCGGGUGGUCGCCUCCGGGAAAGCCAAACCGGCGCCCGGAUCCAAGAAGAGAGCUUAUAGCUGGCCAUUUGCUGCCUUGGGUGUCGUCCAAAUGAACAAGCAACAAUACUUUCCGGCCAUAGUUUCGUUCCAGGCGGCUCUUCGAAUCAAUGCGACUGAUUAUUACUCCUGGGUUGGGUUGGGAGAGAGUUAUCACAAUGCCGGACGUCAUAUUGCUGCUACAAGAGCCUUUGCAAAAGCACAAAGCCUCGACCAUGGCCUUUCUGCUGAUGAAACUUGGUUUGCCGAAUACAUGCUUGCCAAUGUUCAACGCGAAAUGGGUCUUUUUGACGAGGCCAUCUUAGCCUACAGAGCAGUACUGGACAUGAAGCCGGAUGAGUUUGGAGUGCUCCUCGCUCUCCUCCAGACCAUGUCAGAAAAUGCAAGUGCAAAGGUAGGCCUGGGCAUGUUUGGGGAGGCCGUCAAACUUGCGGCUUCUGCCAUCGAGGUGGCUACAGACAUUGCACAGCGCGACACUAACUCUUUCAACCUUUGGAAAGCGGCUGGCGAUGCUUGCUCUGUUCUUGGACAAGUCAGACUCUACAGCGAUCCGGUCAACCUCCAAUCAAUCACAUCGUUACUACGGCUGUCGCUGGGGAACGAGUUGGAUAUCCUCGUAGACCUUGACAAGGUGGAUUUGGACACGACUGCAACGAAUGAGCAUCAUUCUCAAUUCACCCUGAGCGACAAAUUCCUCAAUGCUGCCAUCUUGGCCCACAAACGCGCUGUCCAUGCCUCUUCUACAGACCAACAUGCACAGGCUGUCGCCUGGUACAAUCUCGGAUGGGCCGAAUUCGAAGCGUACUCGUUCUCACCGGCACCGACAGAAGCCAGAGGAAAGAAAUAUCGUCGUUUCUUGAAAGCAGCAAUCAAGUGUUUCAAGCGUGCCAUCGAGCUCGAAGCCAGCAACUCGGAAUUCUGGAACGCCCUCGGAGUCGUCACACUGGACCUAAGCCCGCAAGUCUCACAACACGCCUUCGUUCGCAGCUUACAUCUCAACGACCACAGCUCCAGAACCUGGACCAACCUCGGUGUUUUAUACAUUGUACAUGGGGACAAUCAACUUGCCAACGAAGCUUUCACUCGAGCGCAGUCGGAGGAUCCUGAAUACGCGGACGCUUGGAUCGGACAAGGCUUGCUCGCGCUACUGUUUGGCAGUGUCGGUGAAGCGAGAGGUUUGUUCACGCAUGCCUUUGACAUUGCCGACGCGUCACGCCUGCCGGCAAAACGUCACUAUGCAAUUUCAGCCUUCGAUUACCUUCUCAAAGAUCCUUCGAGGUCACAAGAGGUCAGCCAUUUGUUGCAGCCACUCUUCGCGAUGCGACAGUACCAUGUGCACCAACCUUCCGACAUGGUCUCAACCCAUCUCAUGGCUCUUUUGGCGGAACGUGCGGGCGACUGUGAAAGUAGUUCCGAGGCUCUCCGAGAGGUUUGCGACGCCGCCGAAGCAGAAUAUGAAAAGUCGGAAUCCACCGAGUAUCUGGUCAGGUUCACGCAAGCAAAAGCCGACCUGUCCCGAGCACAACUUGCGUGUGGUGAAUUCUCAGAUGCCGUCGCGAGCGCAGAGACGGCACUCGACCUGUCUGGAGACGCCGACGAUUUUGGUGCGACGUAUUCGGAGGCUCGACAGAGAUGGCGUCUAGCGGCACAGGUCACGGCUGGCCUCGCACACAGUCAUUUGCACAACACCGAACGGUCGAUCAAGAUGUUCCAGGAAGCACUGGGAGAAGUCAAAAAUGAGCCCGACAUUGUCUGUAUGCUUGCACAAGUCCUGUGGGCCAAAGGUGGCGAGGCGGAGAAGGAGGCAGCUCAGUCGCAAUUGUUUGGUGUGGUCGAGAACAACCCGAAGCACGUCCAGGCCGUGUGUCUGUUGGCGGUCAUGGGAUUGCUCGACGACGACGAGGCCGUGUUGGAAGCGGUCGAGGAAGAACUCAAAGCUUUGAGGUCAACCGACGACGUGGGGAUUCUGGACAAGAUCAGGGUGACCCAAGUGUUGGCUGGUAUCGCGGGGUGUAAAGUGAAGAAGGGACCACGGCAUAGAGACGAAGAGGCAGAAACACCAAUGGCCACGUUGGCGGAUGCACUGGAAGGGAUCAUGCUCGCACCCGGACAACCACAGGGUUGGUCGGAACUUUCACAAUCCGUCCAGGAUGAAGAAGACGAAGGUGCCGGGGUUUAUGCAGCUGAAAUGGCCGUCCUCAAUGCGAACCGUCAAGUACCCCCUGGAGGCAAACUGGAAGCCGACGAUCUGGCCAUGGCAUAUCAAGGGACGGGUCAAGUUGAAGAUCUGUUGCGGGCAAAGAUGUUGGCGCCAUGGAGGGUUUCGGAGCACAUGACUUUGGAGUGUACAGUGUUUUGAAGGUAUAUUGUUUCGAGGCAUGUCAAGAAGUCGAGACCUUGCAAAGACGUUUUGUUGAUGAUGAUGAUGACUAUGGUUUCAGCAUGCAAGCAUUCGUAUUCUGUACCUAAUAGGUAAUAGACAAGUGUUGGCGUCGACGAAUACCGAUACUUCUACUAUGUAGUCCCGUCC